GAGGGGAUAACGAAAGCGUGGGGAACGGGAGAAGGCGAAGCGGUGGUGCCCCGCUGGCGCCAUCAACCGCCGUCCGAUGCAGCGCUUCUCUCCGCCACGUGUCCCCCCCAACCCAACAUUCCAUUCCAUUCCCCACUUCUGUUCUCUCGCAACCCUUCUCACCCAAAUGUCUCUGGAACUCUCCCACUCUCUCUAUCUGAACCCUCUCUCUUUAGAUCUCUCAUGCCGGAGGUUCCUCUCUUACUAAAACAGUCUUAUCCUCCCGCCGUUCGCUGCUAGACGCUUCCGAUACCUGCCCUUUCCCUUCGGUCUAACGUCGCGCCCGGAUGGACGGAGGUCGCGAGACUGCUGCUGCUGCUGCUGCCGCCGCGGCGAACUCCCCGCCGCCGUUUCUGAGCAAGACUUACGACAUGGUGGACGAUCCCGCGACGGACGAGGUGGUAUCGUGGAGCAGCGCCAACAACAGCUUCGUUGUCUGGAACGUGCCGGAGUUCUCGAGGGACCUCUUGCCCAAGUUCUUCAAGCACAAUAACUUCUCCAGCUUCGUUAGACAGUUGAACACUUACGGUUUUAAGAAGGUCGAUCCAGACCGAUGGGAAUUUGCAAAUGAGGGGUUUCUUAGAGGUCAAAAACAUCUCUUAAAAAGUAUUAGUAGGCGGAAAUCAGUUAAUGUGCAUAAUCAUCAACAGUCUCCACCACAAGUCCAGAGCACAUCUGUGGGGGCCUGUGUUGAGGUGGGGAAGUUUGGGCUCGAGGAAGAAAUUGAAAGACUUAUAAGAGACAAGAAUAUUCUCAUGCAGGAACUUGUUAGGUUGAGGCAGCAGCAGCAAACAACAGAUCACCAGUUGCAGACAGUAGGGCAACGAGUUCAGGUGAUGGAGCAGCGACAGCAACAAAUGAUGUCAUUCCUUGCAAAGGCCAUGCAGAGCCCUAGCUUCUUUGCACAGCUGGUGCAACAGCAGAAUGAAAGCAAACGGCGCAUUGCUGGAGUUAAUAAGAAAAGGAGACUCCCCAGGCAGGAGGAUGGCUCAGCUGGUGAUCAUGUCCCUGGUGCUCCCAAUGGACGGAUCAUCAAAUACCAGCCUUCCUUGAAUGAGGCGGCUAAAGCCAUGCUCCGGCAGAUCCUGAAGAUGAAUGCAUCCCCCAGACUAGAACCUUCAGUCAACAACCCAGAUGCUUUCUUGAUUGAUGAUGGUCCAUCUUCUUCCACAUUAGACAAUGGAAGCUCCUCAAGUCAAACAUCAGGAGUGACUCUUUCAGAGGUACCACCAACUUCUGGGCAAUCUUGUUUGCUGGCAGAAUCUGUGUUUCCUGUCAGUAGUGGCUCUACUGCCAAUUCUGAGAUACUGUCUUCCCCUGAUGCAGUUAAGGCUACUCAGUUUGUGGGAGCGAGUGGGCUGAAUUGUGGGGAAGACACAGUUUUCCACGACUUCGCUCAAAUGCAAGAGAACAUGCAGGAAACCAUUGAAAUUGCUGACAUGAACUUUGUGGGGUCUGACUCUGUGAAUGGGUAUGUUAGUCCACCAUCAGCAGUUAUGGAUGGGAUGAUGCCAAUGGAAAGUGAUGGGUUUUCUCCUGAUCCAGGCAUGGACAUUGCAAGAGAUGGAAUUCCUAGGCUUCCAAGCAUUAAUGAUGCUUUCUGGGAGCAGUUCCUUACAUCAAGUCCACUCACAGGGGACACGGAUGAGAUUAAUUCACACCAAGUAGAAGGUGGUGUCGUCCUGGAAAAGACCCCAUGUAUGGAUGAUGGAUGGGAAAAGACGCAACGUAUGGAUCGGAUUACGGAACAAAUGGGGCUUCUUACUUCUGAUGCUGGAAGGGUCUGAUCUUUGUGAAACCAAUUGUAUAUUUGUGUUUCAUGUCAUCAACAGAUCUUGUCUAAGGCUUGGGGUGUGGUGGUGGUUGUAGGAAGAGAACAAAAUAGAGAGUUGCAUGGUAUCGAGAAUCAAAGAAGUGCAUGUCCAAUUGGAUGGAUGUGUGGGAGAAAGCUCUUCUAGGAUUCCAAGAGCAUCACUGACAAUGUUGAUGGAGGUCUUAUCAGAAGGAGCAUGGAGGACUUUUCUGGGCUGCCCUUUCAGCAGGAUGAGCUAAUGAGCGAAGUUACAUCCCACACACAAGAUAUUAGUUGCGUUGCUUUUGUAAUCUCUAAAGAUGCGGCCAAUUCCUAAUUUGUUUGUCAUUCCAUGCCCCAAGUCACCAGGCCAAGCUUGAUUAGUCUAGUCUUCAUAUGCUUGGGAGUUCCAAGUCUGAACUGAGAUGGAUUGAUGUGAGGUUUGAUAUUUGCUGCCUAUCCGUUGCAUGCAUAAAAAUCUUUCUGGCAAGAUCUUCAAGCUGUAUGAGAGAAUGUAAUUCUUUGACGGAUUGUAUGUACUUCCAAUGCGCCUCAUCUUAAAUAUAAUUAAUGCGAUGUUUCCUAAUUAUC